UUGGAAGCCAACAAAUGGCUGCAAUUAUUUGUGAGUUUCUUACUUGGGUGCUACCGUAGUUUGGGAUUUUGACGCGUUAUCGAUUAUCAAUCAGAUAAGAAAGUAAAAAGAAAAAGACGGCAGCCAGACUCAGUGUUUACAGUAUCUCAGCAGAAACUCACACAUGAAUUUGCUCAUUGAACCGAAGCGAAAUAUUUUUAUAGCUAUAUAGGAAAACGUUUUUGUGCGGAGUACUCUAAUUGUAAAUAUAAUUCAAUUCCUAGUCUCGCCUCGCCUCGCUUCCAUAAUAAGAUCAUAUAACAUUCAAAGUUAUUUAUUCAUAGUAUUUUGUAAGAAGUGAGAACAAUAUUUAUUUUUCAGAAGAGGGAUUUCGAGGCAAUGAAAUUCUGCCACGAUAAUCCGGAGUUCACUCCGGUCACUCAAAGAAACACAAUCAUGUUAAACAAUAUCAGCAAAGAUGUUGGAGAAGACACUAUUUUGAAGAAUAUGAGCGAACUGGUGACAGUCGUCAAAGUUGAGAAAUACAAAAAUGCCAAUUAUGCUAUUGAAGUGGAUACGGAAGCAAAUAUGUGGAAGAUCAUAGAUUAUUUCAAUCAAAACACAGUUUUCUUAUUUGGGUAAGUUUUUAAAAAUUUGUUACAAAUCUUACAAAUAGAAAAUGUUUCAGGCCUUCCGCCAUUCCAACAACAGCUUCAGUUUAUAAAGUUCCGGAACAUCAUUGGAAAACUGAUGAAGCAGCCAAUGUCAAGUGAGUAUUUUCUUCAAUCUAUAUAAUGGGGUGAUUCAAGUAGAGAAAAUAAUGUUUGAAAGCAUCAUUUUUUGAAUUUCGAAAAACCAAAUGGCGAAAAUUAUAUUUUUCUUACUUUAUUCCACAGAAAAAUCAAUAUGAAAAAAGUAAAAUUGCAAAAAAGGGAAAAAUAAUUUCAUGACAAUGGACAUUUACAGACCAUAUUCAAUCGAUCAAAACGAUUAUUUGAGAAAAGAAUGUGCAGUUAAACAAAUUCAACAUCAGACAAGAUUUAUGGUGAAUCAAGAGUUAAACGGCGGCAACGAAGAGUUUCGAUGCUGAGAUUGAAGAAAUUCAAUCUCAGUAUGAAUUCUUAAUCUUCAAAGCCGAGUUCAGUAGUAGUAAGUCAAUUUAUUUUGAAUAAGUCUCGAGUUAUCAAUUAUGUUACAGAAAUAGCUGAGAAGAUCCAGAAAAUGCCGACUGAAAAUCGAACUCGUCGCAAGUGGUUGAGUAUGUCAUUUCCACCAUUUGUUCAUCAAUUUUUUUCCUUGUUUUCGUCUUCUUCAUUUGAAAUAAAAGUUGCUUUUCAAUGA